CGCGUAGAUUAAUAUUCCCGUUCCUUGGAUAGCGAGCGCCCUACUUAACCAUAAAGCCUGCUGCAUCUGAGAUCUUGAUAUCAUGCCAUACCAGCCCAUCCAGAAGUUCUAACAGUCGAGAAAUCGUUUUUCCGAGCUCGAUAUUGCCAAUGAUGUCGCCAGUUGAGGUGCCACGCGACACAGUGCCCCACAUUACUCCCACCACACAGCCAUAUGGCGGCCCAGCGGCUGCCUCGUCAAGUAAAAGGUCGGUCAGCACAACUGAGACGGUGCACGGCGCAGAAGACAUGGUCGAUGAGAAGCUGGAGAGCGGCACAGCGGUGAAGGGGCCGGCUGUUUUCCGCGGCUUCUGGCACGAGAUGCUGUUCAUCAUGAUUGUUACGUCGGCGCAAUUGAUUACUCAAGUCAACCUAGGUAAUACGAUUAUACCGAUAGCAGCUGUUGCGGAAGGACUGGGAAUCCCGAAUAAACCGGCAGAUCAGAGCUGGUUUGUAGCAAGCUACUCAUGCACAGUCGGCGCUUUUGUCCUGAUAACCGGCCGCCUCGGCGAUAUCUAUGGCCGGAAGAAUCUAUUCCUGAUAGGCUGGCUCUGGCUCGCAAUCUUCAGUCUCGCAGCCGGCUUUGUUCGAAACCAUAUCGCCUUCGAUGUGCUUAGGGCGCUUUCCGGUAUCGGACCUUCGAUCAUGAUGCCAAACGCUGCAGCAUUGCUUGCCGGUGCAUGGCCAGACACCAGAUCCCGACACGACCAAUCGCGGAAAAUGCUCGCGUUUUGUGUCUUCGGCGCCAUUGCGCCUGGUGGAUAUGUCCUCGGCGGGGCAUGGGGAGCUGCAGUGAUAGAGACGGGGCUACCAUGGGGAUGGAUAUAUUGGAGUAUAGCCAUUGUGUGUAUCGGUCUUGCGGUGGCUUCGUGGGCGGUCAUUCCGAAUACACAAGGACUGAAUGGAAGAGGAGAGGGCACCGUGGAUUAUCUCGGUAGUGUAGUUGGAGUCACGGGCCUAAUACUCGUCUUUGUUUCUUUGAACGGCGGCCCAACUUUCGGCUGGUCAGCACCACAGACGCCUAUAUUACUAGUCGUAGGCCUCCUCCUUCUCGGCCUCUUCUGCCACAUCGAGAACAAAGUCGCGCACCCAAUCCUCCCUAUGAGCAUCUUCAAAUCACCCACCUUCGUAGCCGUCGCCAUCUCCCUCUGCGCAGGCUGGAUGUCCUUCGGAAUGUUCCAGUACUACCAACCACACUUCCUGAUGGAAUUCCGUGGUGUGAGUCCUUUGCAGACAUCAUUGCAGCUUCUUCCAUGCGCGGUAAUCGGUCUCGUCGCUGCCGUGUUGGCCGUAAUACUGCUUCCACGGGUGCCUGGAUACGUCAUCUUCGGCGCCUCGAUGAUAUCAUUCUUCAUCGGACAGACAAUGCUGGCAUUCACUCCCGUCGAGCAGACCUAUUGGGCUAUGACUUUUCCAACCUGUAUCAUCAUCUGUUUCGGACCGGAUCUCUCCUUCGCAUGCGCCAGUCUCAUCGCGAGCGAUAAAUUGAAACCGGAGGAACAGGGCGUGGCGGGGAGCUUUAUCAACACCAUCGUCAACUACUCCGUGGCGAUUGGGUUGGCGCUGGCAGGGAAUGUGGAGGUUAAUGUUAAUAAUGGGGGGAGGGAUAAGCUGGCUGGCUAUCGGGGCGCCCAUUAUCUCGGCAUGGGGUUGGCCGCCAUGGGCAUGUUCUUUACGGCAGUGUUUUGGAAGGGGAUGGCGAAGCGGCACACCUCAGGGGAUUGAUUAUCCUCAUGUAAAGUACUAUCUACGACUUAAUAUAGAGCAUCUAUUGUAAAUGGGA